AUAUAAACGUUGGCUUGUCAAAUUAUCUUUGCAUCGAAUGGUGAGAUGAGCUGGUGUGCAGAGUAACUAGGAACAUGUUGGUGAAGUUGUGAACAUCCUCCAGAAAUAAAUUAUUCGUUUUGGGAAAUUUUUUCCAUUCUAGAAGAAAAUUUUUAUUAAAAUAAUUUUUUGCAAGAAAAAAGAAUAAUGCCUACAACCAGAGGAAAGAAACGCCCUCGUGAAGUUUCCAUAACGCAGAAAUUCAUGGAACAAAAUUUCCAUGCAGAGAUUGGUGAAUCAAGGAAAUAUUUUAUUCGGACAGAACCUGAAAGUUCAUUGACGAAAAAAACUGGAACGGAACAUGUUAUUUAUUACCAGCCUUUUCUUAAUUAUGACCUUGUCAUUACGCAGAUCCCAAACGAGUUGGCUAAUUACAAAGGCGUAUUCGAGAUUAAAAUUCAACCUGUAGCCUGGGCAACCGCUUUUAACCAACGUGACCUCGACUCUACCACCAAGUUUGUGAUGAAGUCAAUAGUUCACACUGAAUGUCUUCGGAUUAUAAGCAAUGACACGACCGCGAAAUGCAACACUGUCAAAAUUAUUGAAAGAGCUGUAGUUUUCAUGAUGUCCAAGUUUAUUCCUAACUCUAACAUUAAUCCGUGGUCAUUUCCGUCCACCUUCGACAAAAUUAUGAUACAAUUUCCACUUUUGGACGAUAAAACGACCUCCGAUAUUGCUUCCGUGCUCAGGAAUUUCGACCCUCGCUUUGAACAUGAUACGCCUUCUCAAUCUUGUGAACUCAAUGAUAGAAUGGACAUCAUCGUUGGAGGUUUUUGGGACAAUUGCAAUAUUCCUGAGAAUUACAAUGAGCUGCUUGUCAACGUGUCCAGAGAGGAGACCAAGUAUGACCAAAUGUUCAGAAAAUGUGUCAACGCGGUGAGAAAUUCUGGCAAUUUAGCCGACAUGAAAAUGGACACGGCCCAAAUAGCUGCUGCUUUGACGAAAAGCACAAUCACGCAAAAUACGGAUCAAAUCGUGGAUUCCAUACAAUUUAGUCAGGAACGUUGGACAGCCGCCUUUAAAUGUGGGUCCACCUCGAUUGCAAAAAUAGCCGCAAAAUUGUCCAGUACCCUCAUCAGGAUACAAUUUUGUGACACUGUAGAAAUCAUGGAGUCCUUUACAGGAGUCGAAUCCCUCUGCCCGGUGCAGAUGUUAGCAAUUUAUCGCGCUUCUAAAUUUCUCCACGACAGAAGGGAUGUUAAGCAUGGAUACGUUGAAAUGUACGAUUCCCAAAUCCCGGCUCACAAUGUGUACCCAACAAUUGAAGAAUGUAUCGAGAUCGAUAAAGAGAUUCGUCUCCAUGGGAGGAACGAUGUGCUUGGAAGGCUUCGAGAUCUGGCCCAGGGACAAAUGGUCACGACCGUAGAUCAAGUAAUCCCGAGCCCUUCGUCCGGUGGUCAAGCAAUUCCUUGCACUUUACCCAUAAUCCAACCACAAGGACUUCCUAACUCAUGCGGAACACCGGUGCAACCGAUGAUUCAAAAUUUUGGGAAUAUUCCCAUCACCAAUUUACCAUCUCCUUUUGAAAUUGAUGGCCUAAUCAAUUUAGGAGUGGACAAUGUAGUGCACCAAAGCAUUCCAGGGCCAUUUUCGUCUUAUCAAAGCGAACUUAAUAUUGCGUCGUCUUGUGAACCGCAGAUAAAACAAAAUCCUGGAAUUAUCGAAGUCAGUCCUAGACCUCAUGACGACGCCAAUUUUAAUUUGGUUGAACUGCCGCAUAAUAAAGAAGAAUUAAGAUUGCUCAAAAGGACUGGAGCUUUGAAUGGGAUUGAGCCAAUAUUAUUGGUGGAUUCAUAUCCAGGCCAGAGUUAUAUUUCAUUGACGAUUCAAUACCCACUUAAACUGGGGGACGGCACCAUUCAAGAAGUUAAAAGAAGCCACGCUAUUUCUAAGGUGUUGUGGACAUCAAUAGAGAGCUUAUACAAGACCAAUGGCCCGAUCCACAUGGGAAGAAGGCUCAUUACAAAUAUAUUUGAUGAGGACGAACUUCGCGAUGCCACGCCUACCGGGAGACGAAUGAAGGGUCAACCAAACACAGAACGGAAACAGUUAGACGAGGAAAAGCAGUGGUUAAUUAUAGAUGUCAUCCGCUAUCUUACCUCACGAGGAAUUGAUUUUGUCUCCAAGCCAGAUUAUUACCAUGGUCCAUGGUCACCUUCUGUUGAGAAAGAUAUGAGAAAUGAGGUGAUUUGUUACGGGUCAAAUAAAAUCAGAGGUGACCUAAAGAAAUUAGGUAGGUAAGAAAUAACGUUGAAAAAUUGAAGCUUAAAUUUUGAGAAAUG